GAAACGUCAAAUUCUUUGUUCGUCUCGUCGCGCAAGUUUCCAACUUUUCGUGACGUUUUUUUCCCUCUCGAACUGAACGUUUCGAACGCAGAAAUCUUUCUUCGGCGGUGGCUAUUGCGUUUUAUGGCUGCUGACGGAAUUACGUCAGCGAUUGUAACUAGUUUCUGACGGACUUUGUUGACUACCUAAUGAGUCUUUGUUUUGGAAUUUCGAACGGAAUUUAAUCUCGGGCUGGCUGUGUGUAAACAGAUUUAUACAAUUUUUCACUGAGUUCAUUAAGUUGACGAGAUGGCAAGCAGGAAAAAAUCGCUUCUCAAAGUCAUUAUUUUGGGGGACAGUAGCGUCGGAAAGACGUCGUUAAUGAAUCAAUAUGUGAACAAACGUUUUUCGAAUCAAUACAAAGCAACUAUUGGAGCAGAUUUCCUUACAAAAGAGGUUGUGGUGGAUGACAGAGUCGUCACAAUGCAGAUUUGGGAUACAGCUGGGCAGGAACGUUUCCAGUCCCUUGGAGUUGCAUUCUAUCGUGGCGCCGAUUGCUGUGUUCUAGUGUUCGAUGUAACAGCGCCAAACACAUUCAAAAAUUUAGAUUCAUGGCGUGAUGAAUUUUUAAUACAAGCAAGCCCUAGAGAUCCUGAACAUUUCCCAUUCGUUGUCCUCGGUAAUAAAGUUGAUCUAGAAAAUCGAGCGGUAUCUCAAAAGCGGGCGCAACAAUGGUGCCAAUUGAAGAACGAUAUCCCCUACUUCGAAACAUCGGCAAAAGAAGGCAUCAACGUCGAAUAUGCGUUCCAAACAAUUGCAAAGAACGCAUUAGCUCAAGAGGCUGAGGUUGAACUUUACAAUGAAUUCCCCGAUCAAAUCCGACUCAACGCUGAUAGGAACAAUCGACCAAGGAAUGCCGACAACUGUCAAUGCUAAUGAACUCAAUAUUUACUAACUAAAUGAUUUAAAUUAAAAUAUUUAAAAACUGAGAAAAAAAACCAACAAUAAAAACAUAAAAAAUCAACAAAAUAAAAGUUAAUAAAACAAUUUAAAUAAGCAACAGAGAAUUAUAAUUAUUCAUAUUAUUAAAUUAAAAUUUAUUAAGAUGAAAGAGAAUUGAUUGUAUAAGUUAAAUAAUUUUUCCGAAAAAAGAAUAUAAUUAUGAAACUUUUAUGUAUGAUCUAAUGAACAUGUUUGUGUUGUGUAUUGUUUUACACUAAUCACCCACUUGUGUUUAUUACUGAAAUGAUCAACAAUAUAUUUUCUAUUUCACUUGAAAUGAGCAUAACUGAAUAGACCCAAUAAAAUAACUCCCACGGAAUAUUUGCAAAACCAUUCAAGAAAAAAAAUAUCUAUUUUUACAAAAUUUUUAAUCACUCUUAGUAAGUAUUCCCCCCGAAGAUUAUCUCAAACACUCGAAAUGGCAAAAUACUACAAAAAUGGUGUAUUUUAUUGCUGAGUUUGAAUUGUCAGUUUUGUUCGACGGCAAUCAUUUUCUUCCGUUCAAUUAGUAAGAUAUUCUCUUGAAUUAGAUUAGAACAAAAUAAUACUAGCUUAUACCAUAAAAUCAAUGCAGUAACAUAAAAUUAUUACGGUGGAAAUAGCAUGAGGAAUGCUAGACAAAAGUACUUGAUAGUGGCAGUGUAGAAUAUCAGAAAAUAAUUUCUUGGUCCAUGAAAAUGUUGUUGUAAAUUAGUUUUUUUCCCCGCUUAUUUACUGAUGUUUUUAAAAAUAGUGAUAUUCUUUAUAUAUGCAUUACAUUUUCGGCUGUAUAUAUUUUAUAAAACAAACGAGGUAAUUGAAAUAUCAAAUAAAAAGUAUGAAAAUAUUA